CUUAAUACAGUUGCAUAUAUAAAAAAGUGACCUUUGUUACUUUUUAUAUAUAUAAAGUGUAUUUGUAUAUAUAAAAAGUGGUCUGUUAAUAAUUUUCGUGUAUAUUAUAUGCAAAGCAUAUAUAAAAAGUGACCUUUUGCAAUUUUGUGUAUAUAUAAAGUUGCCGUUUAUAUUUUCGCCAUGUGUAUCAGCAAAUCCGGGGACGCGGCCGUCCAGCCGAGCCCGUCCAUCUCGGAGCUGGCCAAGCAGAGUCUGUACUUCGCCUACAUCACGCAGGACCACGGCCACGCCCACCACGCCCCCUUUUCCCUGCCCUUCCUCCGCGCCAAAGCCAAGGACGAGGCGCGACUCCUCCCAAAAGGUCACCAUGCCGAGAUCGAGCCCGACGACGUCCUCCUGGUCAAACGCAAGGAGCCCCUCCCGGCGCCGGACACCUUCAUCACCGUCGACCUCCAGAACCCCGCGAAGACCCUGGAGGUCGUCCAACCGGAGGUCGCGGCGCCGGAAGUCCCGGUGAAGGCGGGGAACCGGCGUUUCCGGUGGAAUCUGUUGUGGUUCGCGGUGUUUUGCGUCGGGUUCGUGCCGCUGCCGUUGUGGCUGUCGGCGGUGUCCUGCGUGGGCGGGUACCUCGCCUCCUGCAUCGUGACGGUGUGGAUGUCCGUCGUGAUGCUGGUGUGUGUCGGGAACGCCAGCUGGACGAUGGUGCGCAUGUUCCGCGCCAAGAACAAGUCCUGGCUGGAGCACUACCCGUCCCCGGAGGCCGGACAGCAGUUGGUACAUUUAGUGAUCAUGGCCGGGUACAAGGAGCCCCUCCCGCUGAUGUGCAACACCCUGGACACCUUCCGGCAGCAGACAGUCCGGGAGCGGUUGUGCGUGGUGGUCGGACUGGAGGAGAAGACCCCGGAGUUCGCCGCCAAGAAGGCCGAGCUCCUGAAACGCUAUUCAGGGGACUUCCUGGACCUCCUGGUCACCCAGCACCCCUUCGGCGUCCCCGGCGAGAUCCCCGGCAAGUGCAGCAACAGCAAUUACGCCGCGCGGCAGGCCGUCGCCGCGAUGCAGCGCAGCGGGACCAUGUCCGGGGCCGUCGACGCCGGAUUGGUGACGGUGACCUUAUGCGACACCGACAACCUCUUCCCGCCGCGCUACUUCGAGUACCUGGGCUACGACUUCCUGCGGCGCCAGCCGGACGCCGACCGGCACGAGGUGGUGUGGCAGGCGCCGCUCUUAUACAACUACGACCUGGACAAGCGCCCCUUCUUCGUGCGGGUCACCGGGAUCCUCCGGGGCCUCUUCAUGAUGGGCAUGCUCAUCCCGCAGGACAUCAACACCAUGUCCUGCUUCUCCAUGAGCCUUAAUCUCCUCAUCGCCGGCGACUACAUCCAUCCAGGCUACCAGAUGGACGACAUCAUCUGCACCCUGCACCGCAUGAUCGCCCUGCACAAGCGCAUCCGCAUCCCGCUGAUCCCCUACCCGGUGGUCAGCGGCCCCACCUCCGGCGUCGACCUCCGCCAGGAGGUCACCGAGUGGGCGCGGCAGGCGCGGCGGUGGACCAUCGGGGCGGCGGAGGUCUUCCACUACUUCUGCGUCAAAUGGCGCAGCUUCGACGGCUGGUCGGGGGUGCGCUACGGCGUGACCUUUACCCACUACUACGGCUUCGUCAUCUGCGGGAUGUCGCUCUUCUCCUUCACCAGCCUCGUCGCCUCAGCGGGCUACCACGGCGCCGGGGUGUGCGACGCGUCGGUCUACCUGGCGCCCCUGUCCCCCUACCUCAUGUACGCGCCCCUGGGGGGCGUGGCCUUCUCCUACGUCAUUUACCUAUGGGCCUUCAUCCUGGACGCCGUGGCCACCCGCGGACUGUUGAAUCUCCGGGAGGACAUCGGUUUUCUACGGAACGUCCUGCACUGGGCGGUGGCGCCGCUGGUGCUGCUGGCGUACAGCGCCGUGGAGUACUACGCCAUCUGCGAGGUGGCGCUGCGGGGCAAGGAGGUGUGCAAGCACGGCGCCAGCAAGAAGGACGGCCUGGCCACGCCCCCUUCCUCCGCCGGGUCUCCGGCGUCGUCCACUUCCGUGUCGACGAUCUCCCUCGACAUGAUUCAUCCGCAGUUAGCCAAGCCGGGAAAAUACUAAACUGUGACCUUUAUGUAUAUUUAAAUAUAUGCGCGUAAAAAAACUGACCAGAGUCUUUCCGCCGCCGGUGGGCAGUUUGCGGUGUUCAACUGUCUCGGCGUGUCAUGAUCAUUCAAUAGAACCUCGUUCAUAUAUGCAGCUGAUUUUAAUUAAAUGCUUUACAUUUAAAUUGCGCCAAUAUAUGUAUGGGAAAGCGAAAUGUGUUCGGGAAAUCAAAAUUCAUAAAUGGAAUUUUUUGUGAGCGAUGCUCGUCUCUGCAACCAUUGUGAAUAAAUAUGUGCGAAAUUCUGCAAAAAUAUACUGUAAUUUACUACUCUGU